UCGAUCAUCCCGAUCACCCAAAUUCCCCGAUCAGGCCCGACCAUGCUCGACUAAAGGCGAAUACACGACUUCUUCUCGACCUCUUGUCGAUCACACACGAUUUCCACACGAUUAUUCACGACUCCUUCACGACGUCAACCCGACCACCUUUCCGAUUUCCGCUCGAUCAUCCCGACCUUUACACGAUCCCUACACGAUCUCAACUCGACCUACUGGAUCUCUGCUCGAUCGGUGUCAGAUCUUUCCCCGACCCGAUCGUCAUAGUCGUACUCGAGUCGUAGAAGGUCGUGAACAGUCGUGUACCAAAACUUUUAGAAUAAAAACUUCAAACAGUGUUGAUCAUUAUCACUUCAUCCUGAAACUUCAUGGUAUAUGUUGUGUCCAGCAUAGUAUACAUAUUUAUGGAGAUUGAGCAGUUGCAGAUGUGGGCCAGAUGGUUAGAGCUCCAGAGAGACAGGGCCAUUGCAGUGCUAGAGUUGGAACAAGAGGAAGAGGCUGAGGGUCGUAGGCAUAGACGUAGGCGACAAAUGCGCAGGAAAAUAUGGAUGAAGCAGUGGCUUGCACGACGACCCCUGUAUGGGCAUUAUGAGCAACUGCUACAGGAGCUAAACAGGGAAGACCCAAAAGGAUACAAAAAUUUCCUAAGGGUAGACGCUGAUAUGUUUGGGGAGCUUGUUGAUCGCAUAUCACCCAGAAUUCAGAAAAAGAACACCAACUUCAGGGAAGCCCUGGAGCCUGGAUUGAAGUUGGCGGUCACUCUUCGUCAUCUCGCAACUGGAGCCUCGUAUUCAGACUUGAUGUACUCAUUCCGAGUGGGAAGUAACACAAUAAGUAAAUUCGUCCCUGAAGUUUUGGAUGCUAUAAUACAGGAGUACUCUGAAGAGGUUUUGCCAGACGUCGUCACUGCUGAACAAUGGCAGCAGAUUGCAGAUGACUUCCGAACCAAGUGGAAUUUUCCUCAUGUCUGCGGGGCUCUUGAUGGUAAGCACGUGAGGAUAAAGAACCCGAAGAACUCUGGAUCUCUGUUCUAUAACUAUAAAGGCUUCUUUUCCAUAAUACUACUCGCACUCGUAGACGCAAACUACAAAUUCAUCUGGGUAAGCGUUGGUGCUAAUGGCAGUGCAUCCGAUGCCCAGCUAUUCAAUAACACUGAACUCAGAACCAUGCUAGAAGAAAACAACCUUGGUUUGCCUGACCCUGAUCCACUGCCUGGCGAUGACAUGAACACCCCAUACUUCCUCAUUGGAGAUGACGCCUUCCCGUUGAGAACUUGGAUGAUGAAGCCAUACUCCAGACGCAACUUGACCAACGAGGAGCGCAUAUUCAAUUACAGGUUGUCCAGGGCUAGACGAGUGGUAGAAAACGCCUUCGGUCUUCUCGCUAUGCGGUUUCAGUGCCUACUUGGCUGCUUGAACCAGAUGCCCGAAACCGUUGACUUGAUUAUUCUUGCAUGUGUCACACUGCAUAACCUUAUCAGCAUACGGUACCCUGCCAUUGCAAGACUGGCCGUCGACCAAGAGGACGAGCAUAACCAAUUAGUACCUGGUGAAUGGCGCCAAGGAAGACAGUUGGCUGAUGGUGAUCGGACCCAUGGAAGAAAUGUGGUGACAUCCGCUGGGGUCAGUCAGAGGAACUACAUUAAACACUACUUCAACUCCCGAGCUGGUUCAGUUGAGUGGCAACAGAAUAUGAUUUAGUGUGUUAGUUACUUUGGAAAGAUAUUUUGAUGAAGUGUAUAACCUAUAUGAUGCGAGUAUGCACAAGUUAUGUAGUUAUUAAAGUGAUUUCCGAUAUGUUUAAGUAUAUUAUAGUAAGUCAUCUUCUAUUUGGAUAUGAUAGUUUCCAUGAUAUGUUUGUUAAUGGAGGAAAUAAGCUUCAAGUAUACAUGUAUAUACAAUAGAGUUGAUUGUUUGUUUCUUGAUUUUAUGCCCUUUUUCGAAGUAUUUCAAUCAUAUCACGGUGGUGAGUUAACUUAGAACAUGACCUAAGUCGGCAACAAGAAAUAGCCACAUACCAGUAAUUUACAACUUUCAUUUAUAGUUCACCCUAGUUU